UACGUGUGUAUCCAGUUGAGCAGUUUGCCAGUGGAAAGUCUAUUUAAAGUUCUGAAACUUUAUGCCUCUGUUGGAGAUGGCUGCUGUAAGAACGUUACGUCUAUUACGUGAUCAGAAGCGAUGCUCUAUAUUUAUCAAAUCACAUGGGGCCCACCAGAGGACACACAACAUGGUGCUGGUGAGACUCCAGACUUCCUAGACCUUCAUCUCCUGUAGACCAGUGUCACAGCUGAAGCAGGACAGGUUAUAUUGCAAAAUCAAAAUGGAAGACUUUGAAUACAGUGUGGAGAUCUGUGACCGGGACUGGGAAUGCUUCUUUGAGGAGUGCCAUGAGUGUGACCUGCUUCCUCCUUCAUUAGCAGGUGUGGAUGACUCGGGGAUGAGCGACAUUGAUGAGACAGGGUCCAUUCUUGCUAAGAGGCUUCAGACUGCCGACCAAACAGCAGGCCUUUCAGAGACUGAUCGCCCCAUCGAUGGCCCCCAGGACUGCGAGGGCUCUCCUGUGGAGCAUUACCUCAGCAAACACGCUGUCGGUGGAAUUGAGAGCGUGCUCUCUGGCAGCGAGGAGGAUAUACACCUGGAGUCCGUCAAUAUAUUCUUUGAAAGGCUGAAAAAUCUUGCAGAGACUGAAAGACUUACUGAGCCAAGCCAAGCGAGGGAUGGAAAAAACAGAGAGGCAAUAAAGGACGAGGAGCGGUCUAGUGAUGGGAAUCAAGCCAGCAGCAGUUCUUGGCCAAUAAACAUCCCCAAGUUAAACUCUCUGUCUGCCAGCGGUGAAACAGCAGUUGGCAAAGAGACCACAGAGUCUGUUGACACCAUCAGCAACAUUAAAACAAUGAAAAGAGACAAGCUUGGAUCCAACAUUUCCCUUGAACCUGCAGCCAGUAACUUCAUGCUCCAGACAAAAAAAUCAGCAAACCCUGAAACGAGGUUAUUCAUCAGAGAGGAGACCUGCACAGAAACCAGAGUAAAUGAGGCAACACAGCUGAAUCAGUCUCAUGACUCACCAGAGGAAACAACUCCUCACACUGAAAGUGUGACAACAAUGGAAAGCAAUCUAGAAUUUGUGACGCAUGUUAGAAGGAAGGGAGACCAAAAUACCGAUGUUUUACAGCCGGACACAACACGCACCAACAAAACCGCAAGCCAAGAAUCAUCCCCAUCUGCUUCUAUCAAACGAAAGAGAAGGAAAAAGAGACGACCCAGUGUUGAGCCAGCUGACAGUGUGCAUGGAUAUGAGAGGCAGGUUUUAGUCAAGCGGGGUGAUUCAGAGGAAGAACGGUCUGCAUGGAGAGGAGGAACAGGUCUGUGUUUAUCUGAGGAUAUUCAUUUAUCUUAUUUAAAUGAACCACAAAAAAAAUGCAUUUCAUCUUUAACUAGUUAUUCAGCCACCAGCAAUCUCCCAGUGAAGAUAUCUGUUAAGGAGCUCAAAGUUGAUCAUCUUUCUCAAUACAAUCAAUACCAAUGUUUACCAGAGAGCAUAGUAAGAAAGGGAAGGUGUAAAGCAACGGACUCGGCUGAAAAUAAUGCAACUAACGGUAGGUCAGUUAACCCCCUGAGUCAAACUGAUGGCAUUGCACCAAACAACAGCGGUAAUGUGGCAACAAAUUUGCAGACAAGCAGCAAAUUACAUGAAUCAACUGGUUGGCCAGUUUCACACUGUGGAAGAAAGGACACUCAUGCAGGGAGUCUCCAGCAGUCUGACAAAAAAAAUAAUUCUAUCAUUUGUUGUGAAGAUGAACAAAAUCCAGAGUCUUGUACAGCAGAGGUCAAAUCAGUAAGUAUUUUAUCAAGCACAGAGUCAAAUGAUCCCGCAGUGGAAGUCAGCCAAAAUGACAAACUAUCCGCUGCUAAGUCGGUCCUGGCUGCAGAGGCUGGAAAUUCUGGCAGAGAUGAGCACAUACUAUGUCAAAAAGAAGCCGAGCCCCAACAACAGCUGGAAAUUGACUAUCAAGACACAGACCAAUAUAGAUCUACACUGGAAAGGACUCACUUUCCUCUGUCUGCAAGCAGAUCUGAUGACACGAAACCCAAGGAAUUCAAAACUAGAGCCUGUCCGUUCUUGGAGAUUUCCAGUCAAGUGGGCUGUGCUAAAUCAACAUUUGCUACCAGGAAUGCAUUGCCAGAUAAACACUUUUUGGCUAAAAGUCCCAUUAGUUUUGAUAUAGAUAUUAAAGCACAGCAAACAGAACAUCCACUGGUGCCUCACACAUUAUCCAAAUUUUAUAAGAAAAACACAACAGAACUGGGAGCUGAAAUGGCAGCAUCACAAAUAUUGGCUUUUCAAAGUGGGAAUCCUCUUCUAUCUAGUGAAAUCACAGUCAAAAGUCAGAGAGAAACCAAACCGUCCAUGUCUGAAGACCAACAAAGAAGUCCUUCAAAUAUUACACCAGUAUCAUCCUGCUGCACUCUGGACACAGAAUCUGUCAUGUCAAUCUCAAAUGAAAAUAUCACAGACAUGUCAGGAAGUUCUCUUUUAUCCAACAAUCAAAAUGACCAUGGAGAUCAAGUAGAAACAACAUCACUAACACUGGCAAAACACCAGGAAGGAGAUGGCACAUCUGAACACAAAAGCCAGUCCGUAUCAAAUGACACAACAGAUUUAGUGGUCAAAGCGGAAGACGUUAUCACAUCAUCUGAAGCAGAAUGUGAACCUCAAACGGCACCAGAUUCAAAGCAUUCAGUGUUCGCUAUGUCUUCUUUUUGGAAAGAGAUGGAGAAGGUGACAAUAAAUGAUAUUAUGGGAUUACGAAUGAUCAGCAAAACUGCUCCACCCAGCUCCCUCCCACCUUUACAGGAAAGUGAGGAGACCAGCAUGUUUACUAUGACGGAUUCAAGCAUUUUUACCCCAUUGGAUGAGUCCAAGCCUGAACAAACCAACGAAGACCAACCCAGCGGUCCAAACUCUAUAGAAACAAGUUCAGGUUCUGUUGUUGGAGCCAAUUCUUCCUCUUCAAGCGGUGUUAUGUGGGCGAGUCUAGAGUCUGAGAAUAAGAUGUUGACAUCUGGUGGGGACAUUUCUAAACCGGUCCUAUCUGAAGGUGCUCAAACGGGCCUCAGAAAGAUUUCUAAAAGUGUAAGCUUGCAUAAUCUACAUGCCCUUCAAUCUGAGUCUUUGAGAUACACAAGGAAAGACCAAACUUUACAAACCUUAGAUGAAGGAGGAUUACAAAAAGUAGAGUAUGUCACUGAUGGACACAUGCCUAAGCAAGAAAAAGACAUGGACUCUAUUGCUUCAUUAUCAACAGACAGCUACAGAAUAUCUCUCACAGAUAUAUUUCAGUAUCUCUUCAGUGGAAAGCAGUCGAUUCCCAGCCAAUCGGCCACAGAUAACACAACCACCUGCUACACUGAUGGAAAUUCUGUCCCUGAAACUUACGAUCAUUUCUUCUCAGAGUUUGAUACAGAAAGCUUCUUCUACCCUUUCAUCAGAGCAGAAGAUAAGACCAAAGAAGAGCUGGUUCCUAUCUUUUCCUAUUCUCGCUCAUCUAACAGAAAUAUACAGUUCCCCGAAGUUUAUGAUCACUUCUUUGCAUCCUCUUCUUCUGAUGAGUCUUCUGUGGAAUCUGAUGAAGAAGAUAGCCGCGGUCCCGUGAAGGUGGUGACCAGGUUCAGCCACGCAUCAACCACCUCUAAGAGUUCUGCAGACAUAUAUGAGAAUUUCUUCACCGAUGGCGACCUCAGACAGAAUUUCUUUUGGAAAACCAUACUCUCCUUCAGGAAUAUUAGCUUAACUGGAUCUUCAGUCCAGAAUCAGACUCUCUCAAAGCCUCUAUCUCAUGUACCUACGUGA